GUGCGUUUGUUCGCAAUUGAAAACAAAUAAGCUCCAUGCUUGACAGAUAACAAAAACACAGAGGGUUUGUUUGAAACAAUGAGUGUUGUAGUCAUAUUUCUCCCCACAUUUUUGUAUGGAAGUGAUUCAGGACUACUUCAUGGUCUUUAUGUGCAGCAGAACACAGUAAAGGUUUUCUAUGUUACUCAUUUGACUAAAACUUGUCAUCCGGUGUCCAAGACGCCGAAACGGAAAAGAUGUAUUGGCUACUACGCAAGAACUAAUGAUAAUGAAUUUACGACACUUCCAAACGAAAAAGGAAAUUGGCUGAUGUUAAACUUCCAAGAUCAUUCAGUUAUUCUGACAAAAUUAAUAAUAAGUGGGAACCCCGUCACAUUGAUGAAGGGGUGCCGUGUGAUAUGUGUGUUUUAUGAUUAUCAUAAAUUUUUUGCUUCAGAAAUCCUUUGUGAAGGGCUUGAGAGCCCUACUGGCUUCAGUUCGGAUUACUGCAGAUUUUUAGCGAAUUUUUUGAAGUUAGAUUCUGGAGCAAAUGCCCCUGAAAGCCCCAGGUGUUUAGAUUUUUUUGUCAGAGUAGCACAGAGAGCACAGCAAUAUUUGCUAGCUGUGGCCGCUUUUGUGACCCCAGUCGUGAGACAUACAUCAACAGGUUUACACUUGUGUGACAUCCUUAAUUCAGCUGCAUGGCUUUUUGGCCAUGUGGCGCAUUUCAAGAAACCGACACUUAAAAUGGGCAACUUUCUGUUGGCUCUCUUGAUAGAUGUCUUCUGUGGCCUUAUGUUAGUUCGUCUCAUUGUAGAACCGCUUACAGUGAACACUCCAUUUUCGAAAAUGCUUCUUGAUAUGGCUGAGGUCGUUGUCACUACACUCAGAGACUUGUUGCAUUGGCUGAUGGGUGUACCAGCCGGUUUGAAGCUGAACUAUGCAUUAAACAAUAUGCUAGGAAGAUUUUUCCUAUACCACAUAAAUCUUUGGUGGAUGUUUCUUGUUCUUUCUAAACCUUGUUUGGACUUGGCUGUUCAUAUGUUGACAUGGCUUGGAUGUUUAGGACUUACAUUCCAAAUAUGCCUACUGGCUGAUCUGCUAGAUCUUGUCAGUUUUCAUGUAUACUGCAUAUAUGUUUAUGCUGCAAGGCUCUACAGUGUGCAACUGUCAGGUCUUGUUGCUUUGUGGCGGCUUUUCCUUGGCCGCAAGUGGAAUCCGUUGCGAGAGCGUGUUGAUUCCUGCAAAUAUUCGAAUGAUCAACUUUUUGUUGGAACUCUGGCAUUCACCAUUUUGCUCUUCCUUCUCCCAACAACGCUGAUGUACUAUGUUGUCUUCACAACGUUGCGUCUACUGGUGUUGAUAUUUAGAGGAGUCCUAGCUCAGUUCACUUGGUUACUGCGAGCAUUUCCAGCAUAUUCCACAAUUCUCUGGAUGACAAGAGCAACUACAGUCACAAGCUCCGUGCAGGUUUCAGUAUGUACAGAAAUAUCUGGAAAUGGUCCUCUCUAUCUUGCUGUUGAACCAGUAAUAGGUUCUUGGUGGUCAACAGUAGUUUGUGGGAUUCCUGAUUCGCUGCAAUGUCCACCACCUGUGCAGUGGAGUCAGCUACUCAAACACUUAUGCACUGGAAGAUUGGUAUAUCCUGUUUAUAUUUUCUGAAACAGAUACUAUGUAUCUCUUAUUAAUGACGGUGAAAGUGAUGAUCCUGAUUACAAAGACAGUACCCAUCGUCUAAUUUUGGAGAGAAGAUAAGAGCUACACAGAACUGAGAAAAAAGGAACUACCGCCCACAUUUGCAGCUCUUUAGCAAGCAUCACAGACUAAGGAUUCCACUUGCUCCUGGCCCUCACACACCUGGUACUGCAAAAAUACAUCUCUCUGGCACAGGCAACACAAACAACCUCUGCCUCUGCACAAGAUACUGCUACUGUGCAAUCCAUGGUAAUACAUCGCAUCUCUGAAAUUGAAUCUCUUGCUCUCCAGCAAGUUAUUCAACCUGCUGAUGUCUGGUCGGAGCUGCUGGUGGUAGCAGUCAUUUGUGCAUGUGUGUUUGCUUGUGUGAAUGUGUGUGUGUUUUCUUUUGCUGAAGAUGGCUUUGACCAAAAGCUGCAAUGUGUAACAGUCUUUUAAUAGUGCCUAUGUGCAGCUCAGUGGAUCAUCUUUUUGGUGAGUAUCAAUCAGCACUUUUCCUAAUAUUGUUGAUAUUCUUACCUGGAGUUUCCAUUGUUUGUUUUAACUUAAUAUUUAGUGAGAAACUUUUGCAGCAUAAUAUUAUCUUUCUGUAGAAAGUUUGGUUGUAAGUGUCAGCUGAACAAUUUCGGGCAGCUGCAGAUGGAACACUGAAUCUUCUAUUCAUGCAGAUGAUGAAGUUAUCCACUACAUCACUGAAGCUAUUUUAGAAAAAGGCCAUGAAGAGACUGACUGCCAGUGCAUUUUAAUAAUCCUUUUCAUCACCAUGGGCUGGCAUAAAAGAAAUUGUACAGCUGGUGAAGACAGCUGAAGAAUAUGCUGAUUACUUCAUUACUUCUUGUGGCAUGCAAUCCUAUGAAGUUCAGAGUAUGAGCUGCACAUGGAGAAAAAGCUGCCAUGGAUAACGUCUCUAACUUUUUCUUGCACACUUUUUAUUUGCCCUGCCAUAUUUGACCCAUUAUCAAAUCACUGACUACAACAGGGCUGUAAAUCAGUUUCAUUUUUAUUAAAUACAGCUAUGAUAGCAUUACUAAUUGCA